AUGGAUGUAAACAAUUCAUCAAAGGCAAACCGAUUUGGACCCAGCAUUAUCAUAGGUUUGGCAGAGCAAGCUCAGGUGCUACAAGGUUGCAAGUUCUUCCAUGACAACCUCUUUACCACUUUUUCACUCAUGGAUAAAAUGACAAAAAGAGUAUAUGGGAGCUCUGGAACCAUGAGGCAGAACCGCCUGUUUGAUGUCCCAUUCACACCACCGAAUGCCUUCAUGAAGUUACCCAGGGGAAUCUCUACGGUUCUGUGCCAAGGAAAGAAACUGCUGGUCCGUCGGAAGGACAGUAACAUUGUCACAGUGGCAAAAAACAUGGAUGAAAAAUACACUGAGACUUUUGUCAAGAGAUGGAACAGGCGUCGACGUGCGACAUUUGACAAUUGA